GACGGGGACGGAGGGUUUGUAGACUCAUUCUCACUCUCAUAGCCCUCAGAAGACAAGAGAGAAAUACCCCCUUCCUCUAAGGAUACGAUGCAUUCCCGAGUAACGAGUGCCGAGAGCUUCAACGACUUGCGCCCCCAGACUCGAGGAAUCACCUUUGCUGGGCGGCCGCCGUCUACGCCGGGCAAAUAUCUCUCACGCAGCAGUAGCGCAUCGUCUGUCAGAUCUUCCCAAAUUUCUUCGGUGAUCUCCGCGCCGGAUCCCAGCCUCUCCGUAUCGGACGUUGAAAAAAUAUUACAGCGGAGAGUUACUGAAAUCGGGGAAGAUUUAAGAAACGCGUUUAUGACUCUAGACGCCGAUCAGAGCUUCGCUGUCACAAAAGGAGAGUUUUACCGGGUGCUUCGGAACUUCGUGUUGCCGUUAACGCAGACGCAGUUUGAUGCAUUGUUGGCAAAGAUUCCCAUCCUGGGUAACGGAGCCGUUCCGUAUCUCAAGUUCCUGGAAAUGUUCCACCGAGCCGGCGGGCGCUCGGCCCAGGGCAAGAAUGUGAAACGAAGGUGGAGUCUCGCCGAAGGAAACCAGGUUCUGACCCUGAAUGAACUGGAGACCCAGCUGAGACACAUGAUCUCAAAGAACCUAAAAAACGUGGUUCGCUCCUGCAGACUGUUUGAUUACAAUCAAAACGGCCAAAUCCAGAAGCACGAGCUGCGCCGGAUCCUCGAGAGCCACUGCUUCAAAAUGAAGAACGCGGAGUAUGAGAAGCUCUGGAAUCAGUACUGCGUCGGGAAAAGGAACACCCUGGAUUACAGAGAGAUGCUGAGAAACCUCGGGCUGAAUUCCGAAGCCCACAGCCAGCCCGUGAAAGAAACAGUAGCCGAGGCCUUAAAUUGGGAAAGCGUGCGGUUGGCGAAGGAAAGGCAAAAUGUUUGGAGACCCUCCUCUUCGUCCAGGGGUCCCGCUGCAGAGGAAUGCACCGCCGAGGAUCUGGAAGCAGCUUUUAGGAAAGCGAUCCCUGCCUCGUACUCGAGUCUCAUUAAGGCUUUCAGAACUUUUGAUGCAGCCAACAGCGGAUACAUCGCUCUGGAUGACUUAAAAUCAGUGCUUAAUAACUUUAUUUUCCAAUUACCAAAUGGAGCGUUCCUUGAGUUGAUGAACAGGCUUGGAUUUAAAUCCCCAGGCAGUAUCCAAUGGGAACGGUUUCUGAAAGCGUUCCAGGAGCCGCAGCCUAUCGAGAACGGGCAGACUCUGCCCAUUAGACCCAAUCACAAGGUCAAUCCGGUGAGAGGAACGAGCGUGACUUUUCCAACCGAUCAUAUUCUUCAUAAACUACGGAAUCAUCUGCAGGAGUCCUAUCAUUCCCUGAAGGAAGCGUUUCUAGUGCUGGAUGAGGGGCGCGACGGAAAGGUCAGCAGGAAGGAGCUGCGGCGGAUCGUGGACUGCAUGCUGUUCCGGAUCACGGACGCGCAGUUUAAAGAGUUAAUGAUCGUCUUGGACCCCGAGCACACGGGAUUCAUCAGCUACCACCAGUUCCUGGACCUGUUCGAGGAGAAGGAAUCCGUGACAGGACAUAAAUGGUUAAAUAAUAAAAGGCAGAUAAUGCGGGAAACCCCGGUCCAAGUGUCAUGGGACGCAAUGGAAAACAUUCUGCGUGAAAAAAUCACCAGUAACUGGAGGGGCUUCUCCAAAGCUUUGCAGACGGAAGACAGUAAAAACCAGGGGAUCAUCAGCAGGGAACGUUUUAAAAGAAUCCUGCAGACGCACUGCCCGGCAUUAUCCGGCGAACACCUCCAACUAAUUUAUGAGCGGUAUGGUGACGAUUCUUGCCAGUACAUUGCAUACCCAGAGUUCCUGCAGAACAUGGGCAUCGUCUUGUCGCACGCCGGGGACGUUAAUGGCGUCAGCACCAAUAUCUUCAAUGAGAGUCAGUGCAGAGAGGAGUUCAGACAGACGGACCUCUCCAACAGAAUGAAAGAGAUUGAUCACCAAGCCAGUCAUCUGAUCAGGAAGAUCACCGUGGAUGGUGUCAUCGAGAAGCUGAAGGAGUCUAUGAAUAUUCAAGAAUUUGCCACCAAAGACAGUUUCCUCGCCUGCAAGAAGCAGAAAAAUGGAAAAGUGACAAAGGCAGAUUUCAGGAAGGUUCUGGAAGAUCACAGAAUCCAUCUAGACGACGACCAGUUUGACGAACUCGCCGAGAAACUGGGAUUCACCGGAGAAGGACUCGGCUACUUAGACUUCGUGUCGUUAUUCCAAGUCCCUACAGGCGAGGGACCGGGGGACGUCUUACAGAACAGCCCAAAUCACCGCGUGAACCGGACGAAGUUUCACUACACCACGGCGGAGGAAUGUCUGAGCCGAUUGGCCGAGAAACUGCACGAAGGUUACGAGGACUCGUAUUCGGCCUUUUAUAAAAUAGACGGUAACCGUGACGGCAUCGUUUCCAUGCACGACCUCCGCCGCCUGCUCGACAGCUUCAUGUUCGUCUUGACGCAGAAGGAGUUCGAGAGGCUGCUGGGGCUUCUCGGGCUGAAUCUCAAUUCAACUUUAAACUACGUGGAAUUCUUAAAGUUGGUGCAAAGGCAGGAGAAGGACGACUGCCCCCCGUGGCUGAACUCAUUCUACAGGCCGAAGCAGACCUCGGACUGUGCGGAUCUGGCGUGUGAACAGGCUCAUUACUACCUCGUCACGAAAGCACAGGCCAGAUGGCACGACCUAGCCAAGACUUUUUGCGAGUUUGACAGCGAGGGGAACGGCAUCAUUCAGAAAAAAGAUUUACGGAACGUCUUGUUUCGUUUUUCGCUUCCAAUUACAUCGCAAGAGUUUGAAAAGCUGUGGAACAGGUACGACCCGGAGGGUAAAGGACACCUCAGCCACGCGGAGUUCCUCCAGAAGCUGGGCGUUCAUUUCGCCCCGGCGGACGGCGGUCCGAGCCAACGCAUCGCCGACAACAACCGGGAAUCUCUGCUAAAGCAUUACGGCGGGCAGCAAAAAAUGGCCGAGGACCUGGAGGCCUUUCACAGGCGGCAGACCAAAGCGCUGGACCUCAGGGGCAUCGAGCAGCAGAUCAAGGAUAAAUUCAGGGAAUAUUACCAGGAUUUCGCCGCGGCUUUCGCUAAAAUGGACAAAAAUAAAGAUGGCUUUAUUACCGUCCAGGAUUUCCGACGCACGCUGGAGGAGAUGAACUUUUAUCUGGACGACGAUCAGUUUGAUAACCUCCUCUGCAGGUUGAGGAUCAGAGUCCGGGACCGGAAGUUCUCCUACUUCGAUUUCCUCAGAGUCGUGGAUGACGGACGGGCUUCAAAGUACGGCCAGAAACCCAGCGGCCCCCCCGACCGCUUCCCCGACCUCAGCCCCCCAAAGGCGCUCGGGAAGCUGAGAGAAGCCAUAGCGGCUUCGUACGACGAGCUGUACAAGGCGUUCUCGGCGGUUGAUGCGGACGCCGCGGGGUCAGUGAAGCCCCCCGAACUGCGCAGGAUUCUUGACAGUUUCUGUUUUAAGCUCACGGACGAGCAAUUCGAGCGUCUCCUGCGGGAAGCGGCUCCGCGCGUCGAUCACACCAUAGACUGGAGAGCCUUCCUCCGCAACCCCCCCGCGCCGGCUGCGCAGUCGGCCUCCAGUUGGGUCGAAAAAGUGCAGAAAGCCACCGGGCCGAAGUCCAGCCAGAAACUAACGACGAAGGACAUCCUGACGCGCAUCCAGGAGGUAGUCGGGACUCGAUCCGACGCCAUCCUGCAGGAGUUUGCAGAGCGGGAUUACGCGAACAUUCACGUCAUUUCCAAAGAGGACUUCAGAGAAACCUUCAGCAGGAACUUUCUGCUUCUGACAGACGAGCAGUUUGAGAAUCUGUGGAAUUCAUUACCGCUCAAUCCGUACGGAAAUCUCAAAUAUCGUGAUUUUUUGAAGAAGUUCCGUCCUGAAAUCCCGUCGUCCCGAAACUCAGACGGCGAACAGAAGCUGGAUCGGUCUCUGAGAUACGGCCGCCCCAAAUCCGGCUCAAUGUCUGGGAUCAGACGCCCCAAAACUGCACCCCCUGUUUUAAAUAAAUCAAACAUCGGUAUUUCCAGGCCGCACACCGCCGGACCUCUUUCUACUCCGAUUGUGAAUUGUGACGGAGUGGAGAGCAAACUCAGGACUGAUCUACAAAAAGUUUGGCAGGAAAUUCACAAAAUCUGCAGAACCAAAGAUCCCGAGAGCCUCGGAGAAGUGACCGUCACAGAGUUCAUAGACGUGAUGAGUCGGUUCGGCGUGGAUCUGACCUCAGACGACCUUCACCGGUUAUUAACCAAAUACGACUCGCGAAACAAUGGAAAGUUCUCUUAUUCCGACUUUCUCCGGAAUCUGGUCUUCGCCCAAAAGCCAGGAGAGGCAACUUUCCCACGGAGGAUGAAGCUGCCGAGGCCCCGGGUCCCGAUGAGUUCGGGAGCGCAGGGGCCGGUGUUCCUGGAAGCCAUGCUCCGAAUUCAGCCCAAGAUACGGGAUUGUUGGAGGCCGAUGAGAAGAGCCUUCGUGGCUUGCGAUGACCCCAGGACGGGGUAUAUAACCAUCCCAGACUUCAAACAGGUUUUACAAAAGUUUGGAAUAAAUCUAUCCGAAGACGAAUUCUUCCACAUCGCCGGAUACUUCGACAAAGACUUGGAGUCCAAAAUAUCCUACAAUGACUUUUUGAGCGAGUUUCUCCGAUAA